AUGCUGGCACGUUCUUUAUACCUUCUUUCUGGCAUCGCGCUAGCGCAAUGUCAAACCAUCGUGUUUGAUGGUCGUGUUCCGGCUAACGCUACGGCGGCGGACUUUGAUAAGGCGACCAGCAUCUUCGACCCGGAGAACGUCAAGGGCCAAAUCUGGUGCGCCUCUCUGGCCAAGGAUCUCUGCGACGACUCUAUCUUCGCCCCCGGUGGCUCCAACCCCCAAACCGCCGUUCGCCGCGCAGAACUGCUCUUCAACUCCGCCAAGUCCGCCGACAAUAUCACCACUACUGGCGUGAAGACCCUGCACUUCUCCCUCAAAGAGAGCGCCGAGCGUCCCCUCAACACCACCCAUGAGUAUCUGCUCACGUUCCUCGAGCGCGGAGACUUUGACGGCAACCAAAUCAGCUUGAAGACUGGCACGCUGAUUGGCAGCGACGGCGCGACCAAGGACGACUUUGUGCUUUUGGGCAACAGUAAGAAUGGUAGCAAGACGCUUUUCUCGACGCCGAGAGGAACGGACUUCACCAACUUUGCGCUGAAGCUGGACUUUGACAAGAACACUGUCCAGGUCUUCUCGUCCACUGGAAACGAGGCGUUGACGCAGAAGACUGAACCCCUUCCCAACGACCUCAGCGGCAACGGCGCGUUCCACUUUGGUGUUAACAAGAACCCGAUCAACCCCGGUGCUGAUUCCCUGAGGUCAGGCAUUCAGGAAGCCGGCAUCUUGGAGGGUAUCGUGUAUGGCGGUAUCUUUGUUGAGUGCAGCGCAAGCGGUACAGUCACGCUUUCUUAA